AUUAGAAGAAGAAAAAAUCCACCUAAUUCAUCAUCCAGCUCCAACUUUUUCUUCUACAAAUCAUCCGUUUUCCCUUUUUUUGGGGGGGGUUUACUUCAAGGAAAAAAUUCCCGAGAAAAUUAAAUCCUUGUCCUUAACUCAGAUCCGUAGAUCAUUAUCCCAAAUUCUUGCCGAUAAAUCUGUUUGUUUUAGAUUCUUUUCCAUAUUCCCCUUUUUCCGGGGCAAAACAAAAUAUACCUUUUUUUUUCUUUAAUACUGCCUAAGUUUUAUCUCCUCUACUUUUUUUUUUCUCCCCACCUAGAAAAUGCAGCUUAAUGACCCCAAAACGCUUGUUUUGGUUCACUGAUUAAUGUAUUUUCGUGAAAUUUUCAAUCAAGUUUUUUUUCCCCUUGGGGUUUCCCUUUAGUCACUUAAAAGGGAUAACAGGGUGUUUUUUUUUUUUUGGAAUUUUUGGAGGGUCUAACAAGCAUUCAAUAAUCUGGGUUUUGAUCUUUGGAGUUAAUAGGUAAGAAUUUUUGAUGGAUCUGAGAGUUGGUUUGAAGAGAAACAUCUUGUAGUCAAUUUCAAUAUUAAUAAAGUGGAAUAAGAAGGGAGGGUUUCUUUUAUAUCGUGAUAAAGUUACAAUAAAAGAUUAGAGAUCAUGGAGCAUAUUAUCGGUGGCAAAUUCAAGCUUGGUCGAAAGAUCGGGAGUGGAUCGUUUGGUGAACUGUAUUUAGGCGUUAAUGUACAAAGUGGAGAAGAAGUGGCUGUUAAGCUAGAAUCUGUCAAGACUAAGCAUCCACAGCUUCACUAUGAGUCAAAGCUGUAUAUGCUUCUACAAGGGGGAACGGGUAUUCCACAUUUAAAAUGGUUUGGAGUUGAGGGUGAGUACAAUGUUAUGGUUAUUGAUCUUCUUGGACCAAGCUUAGAAGACUUGUUCAACUAUUGCAAUCGGAAGUUCUCUUUAAAAACUGUUUUGAUGCUUGCAGAUCAGUUAAUAAAUAGAGUUGAGUACAUGCACUCUCGUGGUUUUCUUCACCGUGACAUAAAGCCUGAUAACUUUUUGAUGGGUUUAGGGCGCAAAGCAAACCAGGUGUAUAUAAUUGAUUACGGCCUUGCGAAAAAAUAUAGGGAUCUUCAAACACACAAGCACAUACCAUACAGGGAAAACAAGAAUCUUACAGGAACAGCUCGAUAUGCAAGUGUUAACACUCACCUCGGAGUUGAGCAGAGCAGGAGAGAUGAUCUGGAAUCUCUUGGUUAUGUGCUUAUGUACUUCCUAAGAGGAAGCCUUCCAUGGCAGGGCCUGAAAGCCGGCACCAAAAAGCAGAAGUAUGACAAAAUUAGUGAAAAGAAGAUGCUUACUCCCAUAGAGGUCCUCUGCAAAUCGUAUGCAUCUGAGUUUACAUCUUACUUUCAUUAUUGUCGAUCGCUACGGUUUGAAGACAAACCAGAUUACUCAUACCUGAAAAGGCUGUUCCGGGACCUUUUUAUUCGUGAAGGAUAUCAGUUUGACUAUGUAUUUGAUUGGACUAUACUGAGAUAUCCACAGGUUGGCUCUAGCUCAAGAGCACGGGCAAGCCCAAAGCCAGGUUUAAGUCCCCCCGGAGUAUCUGCUGAAAGAACAGAAAGGCCAUCUGUUGGCCAAGAGAUUCGAGAAAGGUUUUCCGGUGCGGUUGAGGCAUUUGCAAGACGGAAUGUCUCUGGCCAUGGUUUGCAUGGUGAUCAGUCUAGACACAGAUCUUCAGAUGACGUGCCAUCAUCCAAGGAUGCGCAACCUGAUUCUGAAAGGACACGCUCCUCUUCGAGAAAUGAUAGUGCUUCAAAGCGGCCUGUUGUUGUAUCAGGCAACAGCCAACCUGGCUCCUCUGGUGAGCCAAGUGAGAAUCGUUCUAGCAGAUUAUUCUCAAGCAGUGGUCGCAUGUCAACGACUCAGAGAGUUCAACCCGGCUUUGAAUCUAAAUCAUCAUCUUUCACUCGUACUGCAGUCACAAGAGCUGGCCGUGAUGACACCCUCCGAAGCUUUGAUCUUUUGACGAUCGGGAGUGGGAAAAGGAAAUAAACCACACAUGCAUCUGGUAAGAAGAAUUUCCCUCUAUCCUAUUCUCUGAUGGAGAUAUCGACACUAUAGUGGUAUUUACAAACCGUUUACUCCGUAUGUCAUCGUCCAUUAUUGGGUUCCAUCCACAACAAUCCCCAGAAAAAAAUGAACUUUCCAAUCCCGUCCUCUCGUACCAUCGUCAAGUGUUCUUGCUUUGCUAUUAUGAUGCAUCUAAAAGAAAGAGAUAAACUGAUCCCAUUUUAGGGUGAAAUUGUUCAUAUAUUUCCAACAGUUUAGCUGUAAUAAACACUUGGUGUUUCUUUGUUUCUUUCAAUCAGAUACCAAAAAAGCAAAAAAACACUGCCUAAAGGUUUUCUGGUUAUGACAUAUGAUGACUCUUAAUAUACCUUCAAAUCUUGUGUUA